AUGCUAGCCCCCAACUUCCAACUCAACUCAGUACCGCCGCCUUUGCCCGUAAACGACACCCCUACCUACUCCCCGGGCGAGGUCCCCUCUUGCGGAGGCCAUGGGACCCUCGAGAUUUUGGCCGUCACUCGAUUCCUGGAGAGCCGUGGGAUUGAAUGUUGCAUUGUCGGCGUCUCCGCACUAAUUUUCUACGGCGCAGGGCGGGUGCGAGAUGAAUGGGAACUCUGCGUCCCCGACAACCGAGUCGACGAAGUGGCUGCGCUGCUGUCGUCGGACCUGAUGGCCGACCAGAUCCAUCCCAUGCCACCACACUCGAUCUCCCAUCCUUUCUCCCUCAGCCAUACCUACCACCGCUUCAAAGGUUGCGGCAUCCACUUUUACUUCGUCCUGAUGCCGGCCCAUGACGCCCAUAUUCCCUACGGUCCCUUCCCCAUCCAGCGCAGCCUCAACGGGCUCCCCUACCCGACACUACCUGUAUUAAUGCAAAGUUUUCUGGACAUGAAUGACGACGUAUCGCUCUGUGAUUGCAUCGACGGAUCAAACGUCUCCGAGGAAUGGGGACGCCGACAUCUCGAUCUGGACGGCACGAAUGAUCUUCAAUGGACGGCACAAAUGAACAAAGUGGUUAAAAAAGCCGCUGAAGGGAAAGGCUGGCUGUUUGUCUAUUACUUCCCAACCCAAACAAUCAACAAACGAGACAAAUGGGAGUCGCGCGUCCGCAACAAGGCCGGACGGUUGGGCUGGACGACGCCAGAACAUCUUUUCGCGACUCGAUUCCGCUUGAAAGGCUCCCCAGAUCCGUGGACCCAGAAGCUCAUGUCCUGCUAG